AAAAUUGUAAAGAUAGCCUGAGUUAGCAUAUACUUCUUGGGGAUGCACCUUGCUAUCUGGUGAACGCAUGUGCACACGAGCUCCCAACAAACCACGGAGUCCGGAGAGAACAACCUCGGGCUGCCGAUGGAUCUUUUGCUGUGUUUAUACUUGUCUCUUGUUUUUGUUUGCUCAUUCGUGCAGGCCUAAUCUUUUGACAAAAUUAUCUUUGUCUUACUGCAAUCAAAUUAAAAACUCCGACACACGAGAAAUGCAUGCCACGCGGAGUUGAUAGAAAGUUAAUUGGUUCUCCGUAUAUAGCUGGGUCUUCGGGGCACUGGAUUUACGCCAAGGAAGGCAGAGAAGAAAAUCAUUCGACCAAAUAACAUAGGACGUGCAACUUAGGCCAGUAAUGUCCGUCCCUUCCUCAUCCACUAAAGGGAUAAGUGGAGAGAAGCCAGGAGGAACAAGUCCUAGCCCAAUUGAAGGUGUAGAUGGUGUACCAGGACCAAGUUCAUUGGAUCCCAUGCAUUCAGCAUUGCCACAAGACGGAGAAUCGGAAGAUUACGGAGAAGAAGCUGAAGAAGACGAGGAUGAUAGUAGUGAGGAGGAAAGCGAGGUUAGUGAUGCUGGUUUAUUCUGUGAUGCCGAGUGCGGGGAAGAAAAUGACGGUAGCGACAGUCACUCCCCAGUGUUAGACCUCCAACCGCCAUUACCACAGCGAGUUCAGAGUCCCAUUUUACAUACUUGUGUUCCCCUGGACGUCGUACAGCCACAGAGGAAACGCAAAAGCGAAACGGAAUCCAGUUUACCUUGCAAAAAGCUUAAUCCAGAGGAUAAGACUCAUACGAUUGUUAAAAAGUUGGACUAUAAGGGAAAGCAUGUAAGAUGCGUUAUACCAACAAGGGAUAAUCCGCCGCCUGAAAUGAGUAGUUGGUUAUUACAAUUUCAGCGAUGGUCAAAUGCAGAAAGGAUGUUGGCUAUAGACGAAUUAAUAGAACGGUGCGAACCUACGCAAGUGCGCCACAUGAUGCAAGUGAUAGAACCCCAGUUUCAAAGGGACUUCAUUUCCUUACUUCCCAAGGAACUUGCCUUAUCGGUUUUAGCCUUCCUAGAGCCUCGUGACCUUUUACGCGCGGCACAGACAUGUCGGAAUUGGCGGUUCCUCGCGGACGACAAUUUACUUUGGAAAGAAAAGUGCAGAGCCGCGGGUAUAGACGACCUGAAGGACUUGCCAUUGUCGAAGCGUAAGAACUGUCGAAAUUCCGGCAAUUGUUCGUCACCCUGGAAGCAGGCAUACAUGCGGCAGCAUAAUAUUAAAAUGAAUUGGAGAACAAAGCCAAUUCGACCACCGAAAGUUCUUAAGGGUCACGAUGACCACGUUAUCACUUGCCUUCAGUUCUCCGGUAACCGGAUAGUCAGUGGAUCGGAUGACAAUACUUUAAAAGUAUGGUCGGCGGUUACGGGGAAGUGCUUGAGAACAUUGGUCGGUCACACGGGUGGUGUUUGGUCCUCGCAGAUGUCUGGCACAACAGUGAUCAGUGGUAGUACCGACCGUACUUUAAAAGUGUGGAAUGCAGAGACUGGCCAAUGCAUUCACACCCUAUAUGGACAUACGUCGACAGUGAGGUGUAUGCACUUGUAUGGAAAUAAGGUCGUCAGUGGUAGCAGGGAUGCCACGCUGCGAGUAUGGCAAGUGGACACUGGUGAAUGUUUACACGUGCUAGUAGGACAUUUGGCAGCAGUAAGGUGCGUGCAGUAUGAUGGGAAGCUAGUGGUCAGUGGAGCUUAUGAUUACAUGGUCAAAGUAUGGAAUCCUGAACGGGAAGAAUGUCUUCAUACGUUACAGGGACACACGAAUCGCGUUUAUUCUCUUCAAUUUGAUGGUGUUCAUGUGGUGAGUGGAUCCUUGGAUACAAGUAUAAGGGUCUGGGAGGUGGAGACUGGGGCUUGUCGGCACACCCUGAUGGGUCAUCAGUCUCUGACGUCGGGAAUGGAACUGCGUAAUAAUAUUUUGGUAUCUGGUAACGCGGAUUCGACUGUCAAAGUCUGGGAUAUUGUCAGCGGUCACUGUCUACAAACACUUUCCGGUCCUAAUAAACAUCAAUCGGCAGUAACUUGUCUGCAAUUCAACAGCCAUUUUGUAAUUACCUCGUCCGACGAUGGUACCGUCAAAUUAUGGGAUGUAAAAACCGGUGACUUUAUAAGGAACCUAGUGGCUCUGGAAAGUGGUGGAAGCGGAGGUGUCGUGUGGAGAAUUCGUGCAAGCGACACGAAGCUAGUGUGCGCGGUGGGCAGUCGCAAUGGUACCGAGGAGACUAAACUCCUGGUGCUCGACUUCGACGUCGAAGUGAAAUAGUCUAUCUUCUUGUGGGUGGGACCGCUCCACUAUGUGACUUCUGUACAUACUCUAAUUAGGUAGCGUAACCAAUCUACUGUACAAUGUUUCAUGUAUUACAUGGUGUGAUUGUGAUAAGACUGCAUGUGAAAAAGAAAUUCCGAGAGACCAAGGAACGCGACAGUGGGAAUGUCAUGUGCCGCUCGCGAUCUCCGAAGAUGAGGAGUCUGAUGACGAUGGCAUUAAUUAUAUUAGCUAUGGGAUGUACCUAUUGCGGUGUACAAAUAUGAGAUUCAAAAGACUCGAAACAAACUAUGGUGAAUAAGGAGCUUAUCAGUUUAAUUACUGAAUUAUCGCGCUGUUACUCGAUUCGACGAUAUCGUUAGUAUUAUAGAUGAUGCAAUUUCUCGCGAACAUUAUAAUGUCGCAGUUCGUAUGGGCGUUUAAGUAGAGCAUUUGUUAAAUAAUUAAAUUUAACAAAUGCAAAGGACGUACUUACUGUGCUGUCGGAAUCCAAAGUGAAGAUGCCUCGUUUCGGUACUCCUAUGCUCAUUAUAAAAUCUAAUCGAACAGAAAUUCAAGAAAAUAGAGUUCAAUGAUCUUGGAGCACUUUGACGAGAGCAGAGGUCGACAUUUUUUUAUCACUGUUAGCGAUGUUCUUGUGAAGUAACAUCUUUUUCUUCCUAGAGGACGGGGGGGGGUCGCUUCUGUCAAUUUUGUAGAAUCUUUGUUCCCUUGAGCUGUUCGAGACUGAAACUGAAAUAAUCCUUACUUUUUUGAUUCUGAUCAUCCAGGUAACUCAAUCAUUGAAUUCAAUCGGAAGUCAUGUUUCCUUGUACAAAUUAUUUCCGCCCUAUUACCAUAUUCUUUUGGAUGAUAGCAACGUUUAAUAAUUUUUAUUCUUAGUAAUGGUCGUAUAGAAUGUUAGUUGCCCAUCGUAUAACGUAAUGGAGAUUGCUGAAAUUCUAUGGGGUAAUAAAAAGAACUGUAUUUUUUGAUGAAAAAUCGUAGAAUCAAGUAGAGUAUAGUUUUAUCUAGCGUACAAACAAUUACGACUGGGACACAAUAUAGUAAAUUAGUUCCUGCAUUGUUUUAAUGAAAGCUGUAAAAACUUGAAUUGUAAAUCAUAUUAUAAGUAUUUUAUACUUUCUUUUAUGUUAUACCUUUUCUUUAAUUUGUUAUUGACUAAAGAGAUCUAUGUGAGCAGGAAAUAUUUGAUGCUUUAUAAUCGCAGACCAUUAGCCGUGAGGUUCGUCUAGGAUUCAUAUGUUUAUGUAAAAUCAUACAGCAAGAUAAAAGCUGAGGAAUAUUGUAUAUGGCGACAUGACUCCGGCUUGAUACAUUCGUGCUAUCAAGAGUAACGAACAUAAUCGAGUUGCACCGUAUCAGAUAAUCAGCGACAGUGUGCGUUUAAAUAAAAAUUGUUAAGCUGUUCAAGCGUAGUAAAGACGAAAAAAAAAGAAAUCACGAAUGAAUUAUUAGGGCAUUAUUAUUUUUUGAAUUACAAGUUUCGUUUUCAUUAUUUUUAUGAAUGUACUAUUUAUUUCUGUUAAAUUAAUACACAAAUGGGACAUAGGUAUGAAUUAUUGCCAAAUAUUAAAUCAUUUAUUGCCGACGUUCUUUCGGUAGAAUUUUAAUAAUUUGCAAGGAGCAGAAUUACUAUUUUCGUUGGGAAAAAAAGAUUAAGAGAGAAUGCAUGUCGAGAAAUGGUAUUGUCGCAUAAAUCCGGCCUAUGAUUAUUAAUGUGACAUCGAAGAAACGAUUCUUCACAUCUGGCUCGAUUUUUUAUAGAAAUUUGCCAUGAAUCAUUUGUUAUAUACUUUUCAUUUCGUGCUAGGAAUUUAUGAAGGGAUACUGUACAAUAUAUAUCAUAUCUAAACACUGCACUAAUCGUUCUGGAAACUCAUCACUUCAGACUAUGUUAUCAGAACUAUCAUUGUCGUGCUGAAUCAUGUGCUCUUUUGUAUUAAUUAGUCGGUUCAUACAUUGUCCAUAAUAUUCAAUAGCGUAGUCCAACAACACCGUUGAUAUCUCACAUUAUAAACACACAUUCUACACAAAAAUUUUGUAGAUACUGCAAUCAAGGUGAAAACAGUUGGUUUACUAUUCUCAUAUUCAAGCAUAAAAUCAUAACAUAUUAUGUGCCUACCAAAGCCGAUAACAUUUUAAAAAGAAACAUUGUAAUGCAGCAACUUUUAUUGGGUGAGCACAAUGUUGAUUAUAUAUUAGAGCGCUUAGUUCCUGGUCAUAAUGGUAUAGCGUUACUAAUAAAAAUAUUUUUAUUAUCAGCCACAAGGCUUUCGAUGUAUCAAAUAAGUAUAACAGAUUUAAUUUCCAAUUGGUAUAAUCAAUAUUAGUUUAUAUUAUUUUGCCUUGCAUCUUUCAAUUUCUAUAUACGAUCCCUACCGGCAUUUGUUAUUAAUAAUAAUAAUACUGUUAAUUUCACUGUUAUUGUGUACAGGAAAGAUGUCAUACAUGGAGCAUUCUUACGUGCCAUAGUCCAGUGUCCAUCGAUAGGAAUUCAAUAGUAAUCAUUUAAAAAGUGUCUUGAACUGCAUACAGUAUAUAGCUCAGAGUUACAUCCAACUGCGUUAACAAUACCAGUGACAAUCAAAGGAACCAGGUGCAACACUCUUUUGUCCCUUUGUUUAUAUACUGUAUAUAUCACCACAAAUCAUCAUGUAACAGUUAAAAACCUAUAAGAAUACCACUUUUUGUAUUUCUACAUUUGCAAAACAGAAAAAAGAGGAAAGAGUGUACAAAUGUAAAAGAUAUUGUGCUCAUUCAGGAGGUAACUCGUGGCUUUUUUGUGAAAUCACACGAGGGUGCAUAUAGUUCAAGCAUUUACCGAAAUUUGUGCCUAUUUCCCAGAACUCAAAAAUGAUCUUUACAAAGGAAGAGAGAAAAACAUGUAAUUAAGUGAGAAAAUCAGCGACGGGGCAAUUCGAAAGGUAUAAUUAAAUUGUAGCGUUUAAUUAAUUUUAGUCGUGAAAUUUACAGAAUAUAAGGAUUACUUAAUGUUUAUCAGUUAAAAAUUUACUCUUGUAUCAUUUAUACAACGUAAAGUAUUGCGUCUCUCGACAGGCAGGUAAACGAAGUAUGUCGUAAUGUAUACCCAGCAAACACAAUAUUACAAAUAAUGCACAUGCUAGUUGGAAUGUGUAGCGUUACAUGUAACAUUGUAUUUACUGGGAAUGAUAAGCCAAUGCAUGACGACCUGCUACGCAGUAUCCUGAAGUAUCGAAUUCUUUAAUUGAACAAUCUCGUGCAAUGCAUUCAGCUUAUUGCGAUAAAUACUUUUAAUUAAUUUGUAUAUUUUAUUAUCUCCCAGCAAUGAUGGUUCGCGAACGUCUUUACUUCAAUUCUUUCCUUUUUUUUAGCAUUAAUCACUCGAAGGAAAUUAAAGAAGAGACACAAUAAUUAUCAUUGAAACAAAUCUCCUACGGAACCAAACGACAUCCGUUCAUUACUUCUAAUUGUAAUUAAUAAUAAUGACCCUCAUACAUUGAGUAAAGGUGUAUAUAGCCUACUAGUAUUUUGCAUUGUACUUUGUAAUGUAAUAGUUUAUGCGACAUUAGGCAUAUCCGAACUGCAUUGUGCAUGUGAUAUGUAUUCUUCGGGAGUCACGACGUUACUCUCGUGGAGGACUGUCCUUGUGUAAUUCCCCUUAUUUAUAAAUUCAUGUUGUAAUUAGGCAACUAUUGUAAAAAGUUUCACACAAUGAAAAAUCAAAGUGAACUAACUGUUGAGUCGAUAUCAAUAAUUGCUUAUCAUUUUUUGGAUUGAUCAAAGCUGAAUUGGGAAUCUGUAGCGUCGAUCAAGCGAUAAUCAUUGGUUUUUAAGAUCCGUAUAUAUAUAUAUAAAAAAUAAAAAGAUCUGGUUCCCCGUAGCACAAUAAUGAAAGUUGCGUUAAUUAGUUUUUGUGCAAUACAACACGCAGCUCGUUCUCCUAACAAGUUUUACGUUUAACCACGUAUAGAUUAUCCUGACUCGACGAUUAAUUAAGGAUGUCGAUUCAAAUAAAACUGAUACUGCCUAUUGACAGCGAUCAAUGGGAAUAUUUGUCGGCAUUGUUAUAAUUAUUAUCAUGGUGCGCUAAUGGAUACUCUUGGAUCAUGCGUGUAACAUUGCCGGGACGUAAUCCCUGUAAAUGCAUCUUUCUUUAUUGGACCAUGGCCAUUCUAAGGAUCGUGUUUUAUUUGUAUAUUGCUCAAUAGUUUAUAUUAUAAGAAUGUGUUAUCUGUUGUAUCAUUUUUUUUAUAAGAAAUAGAAAAUGUUGCUGCAUUUUA